AUGUCCCCCAAUGUCCCCAUUGUCCCCCAUUCCCCAUUGUCCUCAAUGUCCCCCGUGUCCCCAUUGUCCCCCAUGCCCCCCAUGUCCUCAAUGUCCCCAGUGUCCUCAAUGUCCCCCACGUGUCCUCAAUGUCUCCCAUGUCCCCAAUACCCCCCCGUGUCCCCCGUGUCCCCACUCUCCUCAAUGUCCCACGUGUCCCCAUUGUCCCCCAUGUCCCCACUGUCCCCCAAUGUCCUCAAUGUCCCCCGUGUCCCCAUUGUCCCCCAUGCCCCC